CCCAUUUACUUCUCUGUCUUCUAAAAACGAAGGAAGUAGUCCACUGCGUUCCGCCAUUGUACCAUAAAUUCGGUUUUCCCUUGAUCUGAAAUAAAAAGGGAAUGGCCGGGCUUCCAAGACGAAUUUUAAAAGAGACUCAGAGACUGAUUGCAGAGCCUGUUCCUGGUAUCAGUGCUAUUCCUGAUGAGAACAAUGCGAGAUAUUUCCAUGUCGUCGUGGCAGGACCAGCAGAGUCACCAUAUGAAGGUGGAACAUUUAAGAUGGAAUUAUUUCUGCCAGAAGAGUAUCCAAUGUCUGCUCCCAAAGUCCGGUUUAUGACAAAAAUUUAUCACCCAAAUAUAGACAAAGUGGGACGUAUAUGUCUAGAUAUCUUAAAAGAUAAGUGGAGUCCGGCAUUACAAAUUAGAACAGUUCUACUCUCCAUACAGGCCCUGCUGAGUGCCCCGAACCCAGACGACCCACUCGACAACACUGUAGCAGACACCUGGAAGUCAGACGAACAAGGAGCUUUGAAUACAGCUAAGGCAUGGACAAAGCUAUAUGCCAUGAAUUAAAUAGCGCUGAACUGGAAACCUGAUUCUGUUGUACAUGUGGCUCAGGUGCCAGAACAUGUACAGUGACAAUGUGUAUUUUUUCUAAUGCACUGACCUUCAUAGAGACAGAGACUUACUCUGCACUGGUUCCACUACACUACAAAAAAACCCAGCCUCUUGAUGAUAAACAUGUCAACUUUUACAUUUCGUCUGAUGUUCUGUGUUGAGAAGUUGUCCUGGGACUUGGAUGUACACUAUUUUGAUGUGAGGACAGUCAUGUACAGUCAGUCACUUUAUUGUCACUCAUGAUUCAUAACAGAAUGUUAUGCUUGUUGCAUGUCAUAUUUGUUGGCCAUUUACCGUGAUGUAUAUACUGAUGUUGACUCAUCUAUUAUAAGUGUGUGUGUUGGGAAUACAAUUUUUUUUUUUUUUUUUUGUAAAAUAAAUACACAUUGUAAUAUGUUGGUAAAUGUUUUUCCUGGCAAGUUGUUUCUGUUUUCUUUUGUUUCACUAAAAUUGUAUUCAAUUAAAAAUCUAUACUAAAGGACUGUCUGUUACAGUUUGAUUUCAAAAUAAACAGUAUGUAGUUUGUUAAAAAAACAAUUCUUGUGACUGAAACUUUUUCUUGAUACGAUCGAUGUAUGUACUGUGAAAAAUGGUAGUUCUACAGUACUAAUUCAUUCUAACAAAGUUUUAUAUCUAUGUGUGUUAUUUUUCUCCCACCUAUAAUUAUGGCUGCUUCAUAAAUAAGUAUGAUUGUUACGUAGAUUGUAAAACGGAGGCACUACAUAUAUAUAAAAAACAAAAUAAAUAAAUAUAUUUGUGUAAAAAUGGCUGCGGAAAACUAUGACAGUACACUGUCUACAUCAUGAGUACACUUGCAUAAACCUACAAACCAAUAGUUUGUGAAGAGGAGAAAUGGUCGUCCCUAGCAGAUUAAUGAUUUCCAAAUUUUCAUUUCAUACUUGAGAAAGCAGUACUUUAAAAUUAUGUGAUUUUAUUGAAAGUUUGGCCCAAUUAUUUUCUGUUUUAUUAAAUAAACUCACAAUGAAAAACCCCUAAAAACCUAACAAUGCACGACAGAGGACGUUUAUAGUCAGUAUGUUCAAUUUUGGUGUGAACAUUUUUAUGAUUAAAUACAAAUAGAUUCUCACAUUGUGAAAUUUUUUAUGAUGAACAACUUUAAACCAUGUAGAUAUAUUACUUAAUAAAAGACAAAUUAUAUGUACUCUGAACAUCAAUACAGAUCAGUCAGGUAUAUUUCUAAUUGUUAAAAAAGAAGAAGUAAAUAUGGUUAAUGCAAUCCUUUUUUUCUCCAUGUUUUAAGUUCAUUUGUUCUGGCAUCUCAUAAAUAAAAACUGGUUAUAACUACAAAUAAUCCAUUAAGUAAUUAAUCCUUAACAAUAAUCAAAGGUCAAGAUUACCGGAACAUCAGUCUUUCUAUUGACUUCAUAAAAAGAGAGGUCAGUAUUUGUUGCUGUUUAAUCAAGGUCACAACAUUCCUACAAAAAUCCAGCUUUCUGUAAACUAAAGAAAAACCAGGCGUUCAUGAAUCAUGACUUAGACUCUCAAAGGUCAGUGUCAUAGCCAGUUUACCUUACUUUACCUUAUAUUGUAAAAUAAAUGUUUUUUUCUUCUUUUAAAUGUAGGCUUACCAAUCUAGUGGAAAGAAAAUUAUGUUGCUGUGAAAUAGUUGAAGCUAUUUUAUGAGAGAUUUUGAACAUUGUAAAUGUACUAGUCCUAACUGAGUGUAAUAUUUCAGAAUUGUAUUGCAUUACAGCUUUUAUUUUAAACAACCAACAAGAAAACAACAACAUUUAUCAUAGUUUAACACAUGAAUCUUUGCCGCGACAUGCAGUUAAUAAUGCUUGUAAGUUCUUGGAUAUUGGCUAAUUUUUUGCGUUGUAGGAUCUAAAAUGGGUUUCCCUAUUCAAGUCUGUCCUCUGUGACUUCCAGUACUAUAUGAAACAUGGUUCGUGCUGUCCAUUGGCCAUUAGGAAAUUACAUAUAAAAAGAAAUGUUUGCAAGUACAUUUUUAAUACAACUACAUAUUACAUUAUCAUAAAAUAAUCCAGUCCUGACCUGCGUGUGUGUGUUACAGAUGUAUGCUGGUCUACGCUGGUUAUUAUUGUAGGACAUGGUGUAAAUUUUCACAGUUGUUGGUCAUGUGUUCAUAUUUUAGCAAGCCUCAAAUUUAGUCCUUUGUCUUCUUUGUUUUAAUUUUGUCAGAUUACAAAGGUAAUACAACAUCUUGAAAACUCUUUGUUCAGUGGGUUUUAAAUUAAGUUCAGGUUUAUGUAGCCAUACAAUUCAAUUUAGCAUAUUUAUUUGUGAAUGCAUAUCUUUUACUGACAUUAGGUUAAAUAGCAAACAGUUUGUACAUGUAUAUAUGUACUCUACCGCAGAAUCGAUAAUUUAUUUAUGUAUUUACUCUGCUCUGGUGUGUACCAGCUCAGAUACUUUGUGAAAUAAAGACGUUCUAUUCUGAAAA